AUGGGAGGCAACCACUCACGGGUCACAGAGUUCAUCCUGGUGGGACUGCAGCUCAGUGCAGGGAUGGAGGUGCUCCUCUUCUGGAUCUUCUCCUUGUUGUAUAUCUUCAGCCUUCUGGCAAAUGGCGUCAUCCUGGGGCUCAUCUGUCUGGACCCCAGACUGCACACCCCCAUGUACUUCUUCCUCUCCCACCUGGCCGUCCUCGACGUGUCCUAUGCUUCCAAUAAUGUCCCCAAGAUGCUGGGAAACCUUAUCAACCACAGAAGAACCAUCUCUUUCAUUCCGUGCGCAGUGCAGUCAUUCUUGUAUUUGGCUUUUGCUGCUACGGAGUGCCUGAUUUUGGCAGCCAUGUCCUAUGACAGGUUUGUGGCCAUUUGCCAUCCCCUCCAUUACACUGUUAUCAUGAGCUGGAGGCUGUGCACCGGGCUGGCUGUCGCUUCCUGGGCAUGUGGGUUUAUCCUCUCGGUGGCACAUUCAUUUCUUCUCCUGAGGCUACCUUUCUGUGGGCCCCACAACGUGAAUCACCUCUUCUGUGAAAUCUUGGCAGUCCUCAAACUGGCCUGUGCUGACACCCAGGUCAACCAAGUGGUCCUCUUAGCUGCCUCUGUUUUUGUUUUAGUCGGUCCCCUUUGUUUAAUGCUUGUGUCCUACACACACAUCCUCUGGGCCAUUUUAAAGAUGCAGUCGAAGCAAGGCCGUAUGAAGGCCUUCUCCACCUGUUCCUCCCACCUGUGUGUGGUUGGGCUUUUCUUUGGGAUAGCCAUGCUGGUUUAUAUGGUCCCAGAGUCGAGCCAACGAGAGGAGCAGGAGAAAAUGCUGUCACUGUUUCACAGUCUAUUUAAUCCAAUGCUCAACCCCCUCAUCUACAGCCUGAGGAAUGCCCAGGUGAAGGAAGCCUUUCACAGAGCCUUGCAGAAGAAGCCCAAAUAG